AUGAAGGUCCUCACCCAAGCCAUAACCAUAAUUGCUGCAUCCGCUGCCACCACCGCAGCCUAUACCCCCUGCACCAGCGACACAUUCAACCUCCCAAAUGCGACUAUAGACAGCAUCUCCCACCACCAAAACAACACCACAAUCCCUCUCCCGCUGACAGUCAACUCCUGCGGUGGCCCAGCAUCCAAAGCCAACAUAACAAACUCCAUCUGCCGCCUCGUCGUCAACAUCAGCACAACCGCCACCAGCAGCGUCCGCAUCGAAGCCUGGCUCCCAGACCCAGAAACAUGGAACGGCCGCCUCCUGGCCACAGGAACCGGGGGUAUUGGCGGAUGUAUCGACUACACCACCAUCCAGAACGGCGCACAGCUCGGGUUCGCGAGUUUCGGCACAAACGCCGGGCAUGACGGGAGUGAGGGGUAUGAGUUCUUCCUGGGAAAGCCCGAAGUCAUCAACGAUUUCGGGUACCGGGCUGUGCAUGUUGAAGCGGAGAUUGGGAAGGAGGUUGUGACGCAGUAUUAUGGCCGAAACCCGGAGAGGAGUUAUUACCAGGGAUGCAGUACCGGUGGGAGACAGGGGUUGCAGAGUGCGCAGCUGUACCCGGGGGAUUUUAAUGGGAUUAUUGCCGGUGCGCCUGGGAUUGACUGGUUGCGGAUUGUGGCGUCGAAGGGGAUUCUUGCGAGGCGUGUAGGGUGGCCUGAUAUACAUUCGGCUGGGUAUGUCCGGCCCGAGCAGUGGGCUGCUAUUGUGCAGAAGCAGGUGGAGAUUUAUGAUCCGUUGGAUGGGGUCGAGGAUGGUGUUAUUGAUGAUCCGACGCAGCAUAGCUUUGAUCCUGAGAUACUGGCGUGCGGUACUGGGUUUCUGAAUGACUCGCUGUGUUUAUCAGCAGCGCAGGUACAGUCUGUUCGCGCGGCAUAUCUCCCGAUUGCCAACUCAACGGGACAGAUUGUAUACCCUGCUUUUGGUCUUGGUGCGGAUACAUCUGUUUUCUCUGAUAACCAGGUAGAUGGGAAGCCAGAGCUUGCAUAUACCAUUCUGCAGGACUUCUGGCGCGGCGCCGUAUACAACGACUCAACCUGGACCCCCCACAACUUCAGCACCGCAGACAUGGACAACGCCCUAAAGAUAAGCCCCGGGGGUGUAAACGCCGCAAGCCCAGACUUGACUCGCUUCUACCAGAAAGGAGGCAAGAUCAUAUCAUAUCACGGCUGCAGCGACGAAACAGUCACUCCCAGACUAUCAAUGGAGUACUACGUCUCUGUCCAGGCAGCGCUGAAUCUGACACUUGACGAGAUCCAUUCCUUCUAUCGGCUUUUCUGGGUCCCUGGGAUGCAUCAUUGUAGUGGUGGUCCUGGGGCGUCUGCGUUCGGACAGUCGUAUCCAUUGGAUCCUGGGUCUUUGAGCCCGGAGAGGAAUGUGCUUCUGGCGUUGGUUGAAUGGGUAGAGCGUGGUACUGCGCCUGAAGCUCUUAUUGGGACGAAGUAUGAGGGUGAUGUGACGAGCAAGGUUGAAGCGCAAAGAAAACACUGCUACUAUCCGAACCGAAGUGUCUGGGAUGGAUCUGGGGGACCAAAUGCUGCUGGAAGCUGGAACUGCCAGGGUCCAGCAUAG